UCACAGCUAACAGCUCCCCUUGCUUGCAGUUGCAGCUAACCCCUUCAGUUCUCCUCUCCUCAUUUUCGCUCAAUUCCUCCACCAUGACUGAAGUCCUUCACCGGAGUAGUUCCAAAAAAGCCCAUGUGGCCGUCUUGUCAUUCCCAUUCGGCUCACACACAUCUUCUCUCCUCAAGUUCACUUCAAGGUUAGCAGUUGCUGCCCCAAGUGUGACCUUCUCCUUCUACAGUACGGGAAAAGCAAACAGCUCGGCUUUUGGCAGCAACACCCCCCAAAACAUCAAACCUUACGAUGUUGCAGAUGGACUCCCCGUCGGCUACCAACAUUCAGCCAACACGGUCGAGACGGCUAUUGAGCUCUUCCUAAAAGCAACACCAAAGAACUUCGAGGAGGCUUUGGAGGUGGCAACUUCAGAUAUAGGAAUGAAGAUUACAUGCGUGUUAAGCCAUGCCUUCAUAUGGUUUGCAGCGGACUUUGCUGAAAAGCUUGGUGUUCCCUGGGUCCCCAUUUGGUCAGCUGGGCUUUGUUCUCUGUCCGCUCAUUACCACACGGAUCUUAUUCGCCAUACAAUUGCUGCCGUUUCUCAUGUAGGCAUCGUUGGGCGUGAGGACGAGGCUCUAGGAUUCAUUCCGGGAAUGUCAGCUUUGCGCAUUGGAGACUUGCCCGAAGGAAUUCUAGCCGGAGACAUGAACUCGUCCUUCUCAUGUAUGUUACAUCGAACGGGGCAAAUGUUGCCACGUGGUGCUGCUGUUGGAAUCAAUUCUUUCCCAGACUUGGAACCGGUCAUUUUGGAGGAUUUAAGGUCAAAGCUACAGAACUGCCUCACAGUGGGACCCUUCACUCUCUUGACCCCACCACCAUCAGGUUCAGAUGAGACCGGCUGCCUCCCGUGGCUGGACCAUCAUCAGUCCCACUCAGUGGCCUACAUAAGCUGCGGCACGGUGGCGGUACCAAAGCCGGCAGAAUUGGCAGCCAUUGCCGAGGCACUGGAGGAGAAGGGCAUACCAUUUCUAUGGUCCCUGGAGAAGAAGCAACAGCUAAAGCUACCAAGUGGGUUUAUAGAAAGAAUGGGAGAGAAAUCGGCAAAGAUGGUAACUUGGGCCCCACAGAGCCGUGUUCUCCAACAUCCAGCCGUUGGUGUGUAUGUGACACACGCUGGGUGGAACUCGGUGUCUGAGAGUAUCACCUACGGGGUGCCUAUGAUGUGCCGUCCAUCGUUUGGAGAUCAGAAGCUCAACGCACGGAACGUUUCUGAAGUGUGGGGAAUUGGUAUUAGACUGGAGGAAUUUACUAGAGAAGCAUUGGUGAAUGCCUUUGAUUUGAUUUUGUCUAAGGAUGAAGGAACUAAAAUAAGGAAUAAGGUUAGUGCCCUUGGAGAGAAAGCUAAAAAUGCUAUGGGACCCAAAGGUAGCAGCACCCAAAACUUGAAUAAGCUAAUCGAGAUUAUUCAAAAAACCAAUUAGAUCAUCACGACUAGGGAAAUCCUAUAUAUGUUCUCCAUUCUGUGUUCAACUAGUCAUCUACUUUCAUCAUACCUAUUUAUCUAUUUUCUCUUUUUUAUGUAUUUUUAUCAUUUUCUUUUGUUUUAGAAUAUAAAAGAAUAAUCAUUGCCAUCUGUACAUUA